GGUCUCUGUCUUGACGCUGCAUGCGGGCUGAUCGCAUCGCAUUCCAAUGUGAGCGAGAUGUAACCGCUGUGCAGACUUUAUGUUUCCUAAACCGUCUCCAGCCGCAUUUUGAAUGAAUAAAAUGUCCGGUCUGAAGGAGUCCAACUCUUGUCCUGACGGCUACAGGGCUUUGAGCACAAGUGAGCUGAGGGAGCUUUUACAAAACGACGACAAAAUGGACCAAAUCCUUCGACUCAAUGAGAAGUUUCAGGACCUUCAAGUAGACAGAGAGAUACUGCAGACGACCAAUCGGAGCUUGGCCGAGGAGAGCCUCGCCCGACGACCCCGCCUUUAUAACGGCAAACUCCAACUGGCGGAGAAAUACCGGGAACUGUCCAACCUGGCAACCACAUGCUGGGAAAAACAGAGUCAGCUUGAGGCUCAUGUCCAGAAGCACAGCCUGCAGACGGCGCAGAACCUCCUGCAGGAAGAGGUGGCACGUGCUGAGGAGCAUUCAGAGGAGCUGCUGGAGAAGUUCAUGGAGGGAAACCUAAGCCUGGAUGAGUUCCUGGACUCUUUCCAAAGCUCCAGGAAGACGUAUCAUAUCCGCCGGGCUCAGGCGGAGAAGAUGCAGGAGGUCGUGCAGGCCAAGCGACAGCCGAGCAAAACCAAGAGAGUGGAGGAGAGCAAAGAGGUAAAGAAGGACUUGGAGCAGCCGCAGGAGCCUCAGCGGCCCAAUGGCUUCGUAGCACAGGGACCUCUUCGAGUGUUCCAGGUACGCUACGGCCUCACGCCAGCUAUCCUCCUCCCCCAUUACCCCGUUUCUCCCCCUGCCUCAGCUCCAGGCCAUCAAAGUAGUACUCCCCCACCUGAACCGGGACAGACCCACAUCCUCAGCCCCAGCACCCCACUCCCAGGACACGGCCAGCCAGUCGGCCUCAGGGUCAUUGGACAGUUACCGGGUGGCUGGCCGGCUAACGGGCGGCCGGUGAGAGUGCAGCAGCUUUAUAGGCCGAACCCUCAACAGCCUGAGCCGCCGUACCGAUAAGCUGAAGGAGAGGGGAGGAGGAGGAGGAGGAUGAAAAGCCGGUUUGAGAGGUCUUCCAAGACAUGGAACCAAACAGUGGCCGUCACAAUCAUGUAAGCAAAGACUGAUUCAGAGACAGGCAGCGCUGCAGACGUCCGUUUCUGUUCUCCAUCCAUGACACACAAAUGUAACCAGAGCAGAGACAGGGAGGCAGCAGGUGACUAGGACGAGGUGGGAGGACUAGGGAUGGGCUCCGAUAGCAGGAUUCGUUUCGACACUGACGAAUCUCUUAUCAAAUCUUUUAUCUCUCCUUAUUGUUUCUCAUUUAUUAUGGAAAACACAGACGAAUCUGAUAGCCGAUUUAUGAGCUUGGCUGUCGAGCGCUGUCACUAUGACUGCAGAGUAGAGCACAGUAACACUGAGAGUGAAAGCAGAGACGGUUGAAAAAAAUAUGAAAUUGAAAAUAAUCAUUACACAGAUUAUUAACAUGAGCAUACCACUUCUGUCUGAUCUGCAUAGUCUGGAUGUGAAGUAGCUACCACAGCCCUGCAUGAAUAACUGACCUUGUGAUUUAAAUAGUCAAAACAUUAUGAUUUCUUACAUUGUAAUCAAAAGAAAUGCAUCAAUUGAUUAAACUUUGAAACACUUGAUUCUGUAUAAGUGGAACUUCAGCCAGGAAAGGUAAGAGAGCUACCACGACAUACGCCCUAUCGGCUCAUUUCGUUAGAGGUUUAUGGUUGGCCUUUUGCCGGCUUGCUGCUCUGAUUGCCAUCGAAACAUGAAGAUUGAAAAAAAUAAUGGAGAUUUAGGGAAGUAAAAUUGAUUUCGUGGAGGAGAGAACUGUGGCUUUUAAUUUCCCUUUCCCCCCCAAAAGAAUGUUUGUUGUUGGAGCAGCUGAAAACACAGUAGCCGUCUCUUAAAACUGGACUAAAUAUGGCUAAAAUUUGUUGACCUUUAAUUCAAUUUUAUUCAUAAAGCCCAGUAUUACAAAUCACAAUUUGCCUCAGAGGGCUUUACAGCAUACGACAUCCCUCUGUCCUUUGGAAAAGUCCCCCCCAAAAAAACCCUUUAACAGGGAAAAACAAAAUGGUAGAAACCUCAGGUAGAGCAACUGAGGAGGGAUCCCUCUUCCAGGACGGACAGACGCGCAAUAGAUGACAUACAGAACAGAUCAACAUGAUAAAUGUACAGUGAUCCAUAUGAUACAAUAGCUGGUUUUAGCCUGGUUUCACUACCAGAGCGUCAACAUUUGCUGCUUGGGCAGCGCCCCCGGCGUCACUGUAAUGAACUUAAGGCACCAUUCAGUGUCGAUGUGAGACGCAUCAGGCUUUACACCAACUUCAAUAUAAACUAAUUUGUGUCGUUAAUAGACACUCAGAGCAACGAAUGUGGUUUAAAGACCGUGAAAGUCAGCUCAGGGUGGGUGGGCCCAACAGACAACGGACUUUGACCCAGGAGAGCCGUGUUUGAGACCAACAAACACCAAUUCCGGUUGCAGCAUUUGUGGCACUCAAAGCUGGGUGUUUCUUGGGGACAUCUGCGAUCUUUCCCUAACUGUAACCAAAUAGUUUUGUAGCCUCAACCUAACCGCUGACCCCUUUUUGCCACUACGUGAAGAUACAACUUAAAAGGCUGCCCUCUGCGUCUUUUAAGUGACGCCAGGGGCUUCUGCCCAAGUAGCAAAAUUUGGCGAAUAGGGAUGAGAUCACUUAGAUGGGUUUAGGUUUACAAAUGUGGUGCCGCCAUGGUCUACUUCACCUACAACUCGGAUUUAUCUGUAGUAAUCAGCUUCUGAUUCUUCACCAAAUGUGGCAGUUAAAAUGACUGGUAGGAUCAUCUUAUUAACAUUCAGUCCAUAGCUGCUAAAAUUAAGUUUCAUAUAAAGUGUCAUCGUCAUCUUCAGGUACAGGUUGUGAACCAUUAAAGACUGUAGUGUUUCUGUCUGCUCAGCCAACAACAAGCAGUUAAACAUCCACUUACUUUAACCUUUAAUUACUGCAAAUGCUUAAAGGUAAAAGGAUUUGAUAAAACGCUAUCGAACCCCAUCCCCAGGGAGGACAUGGAAGUUUUAAUUUUUUUUGAUUUUAUUAUUAUUAUUUUUUUACAUCCUACACAGAGGGAUGUGAAGCACAGGGUUGUGAAGCACAUCUUCAACGCCGAAACAAAAAGAUAAAGGAUCUCAUUGUUCAUUCAUACACCUUAAGGACAGGGAGAGGCUUUGUGAGACGAGACGAGUCAUCACAGUGAAUGAUGGCAUCAAUAAAGUGGUGUUUAAUAUAAACUCUCAUUGUUUUUCGUCUUAUCAGAUAUUAACAGUCAUACCUGGAAAAACUCCUGAGAUCACAAGUGCUGAUAAUAGAUCGCUGCAGAGUUUAAACAAACACAACCAGAGCAGAAGUUAUUUAUUAAUAAUUCCCAGACUGUAAACUGUCCGUAUUAUUUGCAGUGUCAUGUGUGUUGGCGUCACAGAUGAUUCCCCCAAAGCUGUCUGCCUACUUGUGUGAUUUCAUGAACAGUGUUGGAGCUCACACGAUUUAUUUAUUCAUGUAAAUCCCAUUUUAAAUGGCUGACUUCAAAGCUUCUUGUUUACUGUGCUAAAUGAAGAGCUGCUUCUCUCUUUCAAGGCAGCCAGUGUUUUUAUUUCUCCCCCCCUCCGUACUGAGACGCAGAGUGAGGGGAAUUUAAUCUCUAUGAGAAUGCCGGCGCUCUGCAAGCCCACAGUCGAAUAUAAGGAGGUUUAGGAGGUUUCCUUCUCAUUUCAUUCUCCUUUUUUCUCAUUAUUCAUCCUUAAGCAUUCGAAGGGAAAAGCUCUGGAUUGUAGUAUUUGAUGGUUCUGCUCUUGAACAAACAUUUUGCUCAUUAAUAACUCAUACAUACAUGCUUACUACAGCUUGACAAAGUACAUGAAAAUGCCUUUUGCAGGCCGGUGCCCAGUUACAUAAAACAUCUUUUAGGAUUUUUGUGUUGCAAAGAAAGAAUUGUUCUAAUUAGGAGGUAUUUCUAAAUAAGAGUUUUAAAUGUAUUUCAAGGUUCAGCUCAAGGUUUUGGCCAUCAUUUCAUAUAUAAUAACACUCAAGCUGAGAUCUGUGAAUGAAGUGACAUCACUAAAACAGUCCCUCCAGGAUUACGCUGGCUUCUUGGGCAUUGUUGCGACCUUACAUGCCUGAUUUCAUGGCAGCCUUUGUAAAAGAAAUUGCAAUGCAUGUUGUGAUGUCUUUCGGCGAGUAGUGAUGGGAAUCGAGAACCGGUUCCAAAUUGUCCGAUCCAUUGGAAUCACAUGCCUCAAACUUACCAAUUCCUUUCGUUGAUGCUGGCAUGUUUUUUUCUGACACACUCUUGCAUUGCUAAGACGUCAAACUCCCACUGCUGGACAUUUGCGACAAGGAGGAGUCAUAGCAGAGAGGCAGAUACAGAAGAGGGCUUCAUCUCACGAAGAAAGAUGAUCACAGUGCUGCUUGUUAUGUUAUUUUUUGCCUUUAUUAUAGAACAGCUGGAGAGUAACAGGAAACGGGAGAGAGAAGAAGAAGGUUGGAAUCAUACCUGAGGUGCUGCUAAGUAGGGAUGCGCGCGAUUAGACGGUUAAACGAUUAAACUUCCGCCCCCUUGCUAGUCGGCACCAGAAAUAUUAGUUGGUUAAACCAAUUAGUGUUUUAUUCGUGUACAAGGCCGCUUAACUGUCAUGCAGCCGUCCGCCACUAGUGGGUGCUAAAGAGCCAUCAGACAGCAGUACCCCUCCCCGCAGUAAGGCUCGAGGAGACUGGAGUUUAAAACAGCGCGGUGGGAAAUUGGAGAGAUGUCCUCUCACAAUACCAGCGCCGUUUGGCUGAACUUUGAUCUAGAAAAAGAAUUCAGCAGCAAUUAAUCUUUUUUUUAUAUUAUUUGUUAAAUUUAAGUGAGUUGUUGUCAGAUAAUGUGCAGGUUUACAUUCAUACUGCACGGAGCAAAAUGCUCAUUUCAGCUGGAAUUUAAUUAGAAUUUAGAUGUUGUUUUAUCAACUUUAAAGUGAACUGCUGUCAUUUCUGUCAGAUAAUCUGCAAGGUUCAAUGUGCCCCACAUUUCAGAGGCAGUUUAUUUAUUUUAAUUGUUAUUUUAGUGGUUAACUUUUGACUGAGUUGUCGUCAUGUUCACAUUCAUACCAAAUGUUAAUUUCAAGUAAGGAUGGAAACAGCAGUAAUAUGCGGAAACAUAUUUCGACACAAAAAUGGCUUAAACUCCAGGAAUGCCAUGUAUUUGAAACUAUUUGAAUCUUUAAGUUAUAGUAACUUUAUAAUGUUGUGAUAACAUUGGUGCCACGCAGGCAGACUGAUCAGAUAUCAAAAAGGGAAUCGAUAAAGAGCCGGACCGAUUAACAAAACUGACAAUGGUAUUGAUAUCAAUAAGUCUCAGCAAUUUCCGUUACAUUAAAAUUGCAAAGGUAGUUUCAAGCUUCUUCUUUUUUUGUCAAAUUCAACUUGUUCCAGUAAGAAUUAAUCUUGUUAUUUAAACUACACUAACGUAACCAAAAACCACGCACAUUUAAUCAAACUCACCUCGAGUCUUUCAGCACGUGCCAAAAAUCUGGACAUAGCAGCCUCUUGUCAACGCCUUACAGCCAUUCUCCAGGUGUGUUUUGCGGCAGAAAGCAUUUGUGUUUCACCACGACGUUGUGUGCAGUACAAAGAGUUUACCCCACUUUCCUGCUGAACAUCAGGGAAUUGCCUUGGGCGGUCUUUAGCAGUAACAUUGUUGGUAAAUGUGAGACGUUUGUGUUGCACGUCUGCAUCCUCACAAACAGAAACAAGGAAGUGAGGUUGAUGACAUUAUGCGGGGGAGUAGUUAGGAGGAUAGGUUAAAUUUGCAGAAAAGUUUGAGAAAAUUGCGAUGUCGCACAGAUUUCACUGCUGGAAAAUGCGUUAUUGUUGCGACCGCAACUUUGCAGCAUCCUGGAGGGGCUGACUGAAAAGUGGUGUGCCAAGAGAUGCAAAAUUCUGGGUACAAAUACUCCACAUUUUAUCUGUUAUUGUUUCUUUAGUUCUACUUGUCUGCCCAGGUCUUUGCUCUCCUUUCUGAUGAUCUGAGUUCAGGUAAAAAUUGGAAACAUCCUUUCACCCCUACAAGCUAAAUAUCAUUGUAACUGUAGCUCCGACUUCUGAUGGAGAAGCUGAUGUUUGCUGUAAAGAACGAGCUGCAGACAAGGAUGCUUCACACGUUACCUGGAACACAAAGUUACCCAACAAAUCCUGUUCUUUCUGAUGACAUAUACAUGUUUCCUAUUUAUUUUUUUAACCUCUAUUUCUGAGUGAUUUUCUGUUGGUUUUUUGUUUGUUUGUUUUGCUUGUUGUGUUCCUAUGGGGAGAUUGAAAACCAAUGAAUAUAUUAAAGAACAAAAAAGGCCGGCACAAUAUCAGGCAGGUUGUGAACAAACCUCCAGAAGAGAAAAUAAAGGCGAAUAGUAAAAAUAUUUUUGCUUGAUUAUAACCUGUCUGAUCAUCUGACUGCUUGUGUUUGUUGCCUUGAACUUGUUAGCAGUGUUGCCACAUUCACAGAUCUAUCCUUGAUGAGUACAGUGUUAUUAUAUAAUAUGAAGUAAUGACGGCUUAAAGACCCAACAGAGGUAUUUUUAACCAUCAAAACUGUUUUUUAUCUGUGAAUUAAAUUGAAAUGUGCCAAGAGGAUUGUGACAGGAUUUUUUUCUUUGUCUGCUCUUUAGCCUUAUGUUAAUCUGACCUUUUAUUUAAUUUGUAUUGUUGUUUUUAUUUAAUUUCAUGCCUUUGACCACAGGGUUUUGUUUACAACCUCUUACUAAAUAAAAGACAGAUACCUCGCCUUUAAAAUAUGUUAAUUAGUUUGAUUGUAAUCAAGAUUUGAGAAAUCAUUCAAUAUUUUAACUGACCUUGCAAAUCUGUUUGAGAUAUUUCUUGCAACUCCCUUAAAAGAAUAGUUUGUUGAGAGAUAGAUGAAAAUAUCGAGGCCACUCUCAUGUUUGUACCAUAGACUGUUCAAAAAUAAUGGACGUAGCUACCAUGACUUCACAGACUGGUUUGUGGACUCCUGUUUGAAGCCACAAUUUCAGCAUUUUGGGUGUCACCAUCUUUGAUUUUUGGAGCCAGAAGUGACCAUAUUUAAUAACCCCAACGCUAGCUGCUAGCUUGGUUAGCAUGGUGCAUUUAUAGCUAUGGUUAACUGUAAUAAUGCUAAUGCAAUCUUUCGCUAUUGACACAUUUAUUUAGCAUGGUGCAUUUACAGCUAUGUUUAAUUGUAAUACUGCAAAUGCAAAUUUUUGCCAGUGACCAUAUUUGAAUGAGAGGGAGAAGAUGAACCCAAAGCUAGCUGCUAGCUUGGUUUGCACAGUGUAUUUAGCCAUGAUUAACUGUGAUAAAGCUAAUGCUACCUUUUGCUAAUGACCAUAUUUGACGAGAGGGUGGGGAUAGUCCUAAUUCUAGCUGCUAGUUAGCACAGUGCAUUUACAGCUUUAAUUAACUGUAAUAACACUAAUGCAAAUUUUUGCUUGUGACCAUGUAUGGAGAGAGUGGAGUUAACCCUAGCAAGAGCUGCUAACUUGGUUAGCACAGUGCACUCACAACUAUGACUAGUUAGUGGCCAUAUUUGGACAAGAGGGGGAAGAUAACCUUAAUGCUAGCUACUAGCAUGGUUAGCACGGUGUUUUUACAGCUAUGAUUAACUGAAAUAAUGUCAAUGCUAACUUUUCAAAAGCAACUAUAUUUGGACAAGAGCAUCAAAAUAACCCUAACACUAGCUGCUAGCAUGGUUUGCAUGGUGUAUUUACAGCUAUGAUUAAUUGUAAUAAUGCCAAUGUUAACUUUCAAAAGUGACUAUAUUUGGACAAGAGUGUCAAAAUAACCCUAACGCUAGCUGCUAGCUUGGUUAGCACAGUAUACUCACAGCUAUGACUGUGAUAAUGCCAACACUAAUUUUCACUAGUGACCAUAUUUUUUGAAAAGAGGGUGGAGUUAACCCUUAUGCUAGCUGCUAGCUUUGUUAGCACAGUGCAUUUACAGCUAAGGUUAACUGUAACAAUGCUAAUUCUAAUUUUCAGUAGCCAAAAACAGGCUUCAAACCUUAACAAUCAAAUUUACUUGCCAGCAAAACUGAACAUCUGACUCCCCAGAGUGAACGGGAGGCAACAAAAUUUUACAGUUACCUUUAAUUACUGAAAUGGCAAAGUUAGAACCAGGAGACAGUCAACUGGCACCUCUGAAGCUCACUUGGUAGGUAGAUUUUGUUACCUGUGGACCAAGCCAGGCUGGCUGUUUCCCCCUGUGUACAGUCUUUAUGCUAAGCUAUGCUAACAGGCUUCAUAUUUACGGUGCAGAUAUGAGGGUGAUAUCAAUCUUCUCAUCUAACAGCAAGAAAGCAGAUAAGUGUAAGGGCAAAAUGAACAUCUUGAGAUCAUAAUUGUUUGAAGUAACUGGGCACUGGCUCCAACCAAACAUGCAGUUCUGUGUCCACUCAGGAAAAAAAAAUCCUGAGAGUGCUGUCUGAAGAAUCCACCCUCAAAAACAAACUUGCUGGGAUUUAAUUCAGGCCAGAUGAUUCAUGUAAGAUUGGACGCUUAUGUGUUUUGAAAUAUCCUCAAAAUGUAAAGUGCUUGUUUCUGCAACUGUGGUUUUGUUUGUCCGGUCUUAUUAUAGGCUAUUGUGUGUCUCUUUUUCUAAUCUAAGGAUUUAUCCCAGCAGCCUUCUUUCACAAACAGCAGUAAUUAAAUAGAAAAAUGAAUGUUGCUUUAGAUUUGAAUUUAAAAUAAAGUGUUGCCACUCACUCACUAA